UACAUUUUCCGUCGCAGGCAAAUUUGGAAAAAGCUCUCUUGUGUAAGUAUUAUGUAGUGAUGGUGUCUGAGGUGCUAAUGCUCGGUGUUCGUGCAGGUUCAGGAUGAAACGUGAUCUUUACCUCAGGAUUGUGCAGGCGGUUCAGGAGCAUGACCCGUGGUUCCAGCAAAGGAGGAACGCUGCAGGCGAGCUGGGGCUGUCCUCCUUGCAAAAAGUGACUGCGGCAUUCCGUAUGCUAGCAUACGAUGCUCCAGCCGAUUCUCUGGAUGAGUGCCUCCGGCUAGGGGAGUCCACCAUAGUUGAGAGCAUGAGGCGGUUUGUUCGUGCCGUCGUCGAGGUGUUCGGCGAUGAGUACCUCCGUGCUCCGAAUGAGGAGGACACUGCUCGCUUGAUUGCUAUCAACGAGCGAAGAGGUUUCCCCGGGAUGCUGGGAAGCAUUGACUGCAUGCAUUGGAGGUGGAAGAACUGUCCGACGGCGUGGUCGGGUUCUUUCACUGGCCAUGUCAGUGCACCUACGAUCAUUCUAGAGGCGGUAGCGUCGCGGGACCUGUGGAUUUGGCAUGCCUUCUUCGGCAUGCCAGGUUCUCUGAACGACAUCAAUGUGCUGCACCGCUCACAUCUCCUCGACAAUCUUGCCGCUGGCGAGGCCCCCAAGGUACAAUACUCCAUUAAUGGACACCAUUACACCAUGGGGUACUACCUUGCAGACGGCAUCUAUCCGGAGUGGGCCACGUUCGUGAAGCCCAUACAAUCUGCAGUUGGGAGGAAGCGGCAACACUUCGUGGUUCAGCAGGCGGCAGCACGGAAGGAUGUGGAACGGGCCUUCGGAGUCCUGCAGUCCCGGUUUCCCAUAGUCCGGGGGGCAGCGAGGUUAUGGGAUCAGGAAACCCUUAACGACGUCAUGACCGCCUGCAUUAUCAUGCACAACAUGAUAAUCGAAGAUGAGAGACCGGAUGGGGAAGUCGAACACAUGUACGAGGGUGCUGGUGAGGUUGUGGAGACGUCGCACGACUCAACCCCCCCACUGCAAGUAUUUAUGCAGAGGUAUCGUGCUAUAAGAAGCAGGCAGGGUCAUCACCAACUCCGUGACGACAUUGUUGAGCAUCUCUGGCAGCUCCACGGAGGAGAGUAGUAUCAACCUCAUCUUGUUUGAUCAAUAACCUGCUUAGUCCUAUGCAAGUGCGUAUUAUGUUUAGUAGUGUGUCAUAUGCAACUAUGUUCUACGUAAGUGCGUAUUAUGUUAGUCCUUGCAUCGGU